AUGUUGCAGGCCAAUGUCUACAUGGACCAUCAUGGCUAUGUCUCGGUGGACGAACUCAUCGAGCUCCGGGCGAAAAGCUUCAGCAAACCGACCAAUUUGUACGAGAUCCGCCUGGUCGUGGAAAACUGCCCAAAGCAGCGCUUCGAGCUUUGGGAGGACCACCGCUGUGGGCACGGAAGUCCAAUUUCGUUGUUUCGAAAUGGAACCGGAGUGAUGAGCGGAAUGCGAGAGGAUUGUGACAUCGCGGUGUUCAUUGACAUCAACCGUGCAAUCCAAGCGGGCAUCAAGUUUGUGCAGUCCAGCAAUGGAGUAAUCCUCACCAAUGGUGAAGCCGAAACUCAGACAGUGCGCCCGGCAUUUUUCUUGAGGGUGCUGUGGUUGGGACCAGAUGGCCAGCAGCUCGUGAUCUUCGACAAGAAUGGGGAUCAGACAGACACCUACCGAAACGAUAGCAAGGAUUUCAACACAGCCCUCCAAAAGGCAGAAUGGGCGGAGCAUGCAGCCAGGGUGAAGCCACACCCAAAGCGCAUGCCAAUGCCAAAGAAGAUGCCUGAUUCUAUCAGGCCAGACAAGGGAGGCAUGCGCCCCCCUGAGCCUGAAGCGCCGCCCAAGAGCAAAGGCGACAAAGGCCUGGCACCGGCUCAAUCCAAGGCAAGCCCUCCUACCCCACCAGAGGGUUCACUCGCACACAUCAGUGAUGCACCAUGGCGGAAAGACGCCCCAGUGGCAGCUCCGCGUCGCCUUGCCGAGGAGGAUUGGGAUUGGGAAGACCACGAAUAUACCGCACGGCGACAUACGGGCUCUCAGCCGAGCAGGGCGGAGAGGUCUACUUCAGCUCCGCGUUCCUUGGAACAGGAUCCAAAGGGGGUGAACAAGGAAGAGUGGGAGAGAUACGUGGGGCAAGGCCAGCCCGUCCAAGCUACAAUUACAAUUGGAUCCUUACCAAGUUGGGCUGUGGAAUCUCAAGCCCCGCAGGAUCAGCUCAUGAUGUGCAAUCAGGCGUGGCAUUGGAGCGAAGGCUCCUCCGUGCCUCGUCAGGACGCUGGGCUCGCUUGGAACAAUGGCUCUUCCUUGAACCAGGAAACUCACCCACUUCAACCUGAUGUACUGCCAAGAAAGCCGCGACCGAGCAGUGCUGAAAGAGAGGAGGCCUACUUGCAAGAAGGCAGUUGGUAUGCGAGCAGCCGUGGUAAUACCGAGCAGCUUCGCUCCCAGGCCUAUGUGCAAGAAGACAAUGGGUAUCUGAACGGCCGUGGCCAUACCGAACAGCUUCAGUCCCAGGACCCUGCGACCGCUUUGAGCAAUGGCUCUCCUGUGAACCAGGAGAUUCAGACACUUCAACCUGGUCCACUGCCAACAAAGCCGGGUCUGAACAGUGCUGAAAGAGCGGAGGCCCAUCCGCAAGAUGGCAGUGGGUACUUGAGCGGCCAUGACAAUACCGAACAGUUUCACCAGCAGGGUGCUGGAUCUUGGGGCGGCAACAUCGGAAACAUCUAUUCUUGGGGCAAUCAGGCUGAAGCGGCUGAGGACUACCCGCAGGAAGGCAACGAGUAUCCAAGCGCCCAUGGCAAGACACAACAGCAUUACCAGGGUCCUGCAUCUCCCUGGAGCAACAGCUGUUCUGCGAAUGAGGCACCUCAGCAGCCAAGAAAGGUUCUACCACCGCCCAGAAAGCACCGCCCAGAAAGCGCUGAAAGAGCGGAGGACCUACAAAGUGGAGGGCAUUCGAACGGCAACGACAUUGUGCAAGGGCAGAGUAGUCAGGAUCUCUCGCAGUCGCUGAUGGUAGCGCUGCAAAAGCGGCUGGGGCUGGACCCAAGCUCGACGACUUCAGCUCCGGUUGCUGCUCCUGGGCCGUCCGCACUGCAGCACGCGCCCAUGGCUUCUGUAGAGAAGGCGUCAGUUGAAUCGCAGCAAGUGCCGGUGAAUGCUGCAAGCCAGCACACUGCAGGGGAGGCGUUGAUUGAAGAGCAGAACAAGCCCGCCAAUGAUGCCAGUGGCAUCCUUCAAGAAAAGGUACGCCCGGUUGAACCGCAGCGAUGGCUGGCGCAUGCUGUAAGCGGACACGCUGCAGGGGAGGUACGCGCGGCUGAACCGCAGCGAGUGGUGGCGAAUGCUGCAAGCCGACACACUGCAGAGGAGGUACGCCCGGUUGAACCGCAGCAAGCGCUGGCGCAUGCUGUAAGCGGACACGCUGCAGGGGAGGCGUUGAUCGAACCGCAGCACAAGCGGGCAAAUAGUGUCAGCGACAUCCCUCAAAAGCAGCAGCCUUAUCCAUUCAACAACGAUAUCGUGAAGUAUGCAGAGUCGAAGAUGUCCUUGAAAGAGGAAACGAGAGACGCUGAGACGAAGAAGGCUGCUGAGAAGGCGAAGGACCCGGUAGAUCCACUUGAAGCGCGCUUCCAGAGAUUAUACGAGGGUGGGGAACUUCAUCAGGAUGAGAAACUUCAUCAGGAUGAGAAACUUCAUCAGGAUGAGAAGCUUCAUCAGGGUGAGAAACUUCAUUUUUUGAAAGGGACACUGAAGCAGAAGCAAAUCCAGGAGGAAAAGAAGCUGCAGAAGCUGGAGGGGCAGAAGGAAAAGCGGGUGACCAAAGUGUCUAGAAGUCCAUCUGUUAUAAUCAGUACCUCAAACGAGUCCAGCUCAGAUGAAAGUGAGUCGAAGCAAAGCAGCAGGCAGCCCAAAGAUGGGUCGGAAAGUGAGACUGGAUCCGUCGUGGAAGUAAAGCAAGGUGAAAAAGCAAAGAGGACACUGCCAGGGAAGAAGAAAAAACUGCCUUUGCCACUUCAGUCUUCUCAAGGUCAAAUUCACGUCUCAAAGCCCUCUUUGCAGGUGCAAAGCAGUGCAACUGCGAAGUCUUCACAGCCAUUGCAGCCAACUUCAGAGGAGAAAGGGCAAUCGAGCGAGACAAAGUCGACACCGGAGCUAGCUUCGAAAGCAAAAGCUCAUGCAGACUCCCCACAAAGAUGUGCAUCUGCUAAGUUUGCGCAGAAGACAUCCAAGCAGCCAACUUCAGAGGAGAAAGGAAAGAGUCACUUGCAGACGAAGUCAGCACCGGAGCCGUCUUCUGAAACAAAUGGCGGGGUUCACUCGCCGCGACGAAGUGUACCUGCUAAGUCACAGCAGCCAUCACAGCAGCUGGCUUCAGAAGAGAAACGGCAGGCUCACUCGCAUGAAAAGAGUGAGACAAAAUUGAGGCCGGAGCCAACUUCUGAAGCAAAAGACAAACCUCACUUGCCGCAAAAAGGUGCGCCUGCGAAGUCUGCACAGCAGCUUAUUUCGGAAGAGAAACGGCAGGUUCACUCGAAUGAAAAGAGCAGUGAGACAAAGUCCUCACACGAGACAACUACAGAAGGGAAGGGCCGUGCUCACUUGCCACAAAGCAAUGCACCACAAGCGCCUGUGAAAAAGCAGGUUGACUCAGUCACUUCUGAGGCGAAAGGUCAGAUUGAGGAGCCGAAGAGACGAUCCAAGUCCAAGAUGAAGAAGGCAAACAAGCCAAGGCAGAUGAGCUCUGAUUCAUCCUCCUCUUCUUCUAGCUCAAGGAGCAAAAGGAGAAGUAAGCGGAAGCCUUCAAGAAAGGCGCAUGGCCGACGGCGGCAAAGAUCUCGCCGACGCAGAAGCCAUAGUCGCCAUAGUCCUUCGAGUUCUUCAAAGAGUUCUUCAAGUCAUUCAAGACGUUCCAGGAGUCGUUCCAGGAGUCGUUCAAAGUCAAGAGGCUCGAGACACCGGGCGAAACGGUCACGUUCCAGAGGUAGAGGGACGCGAAGAAACCCUUCUCCGAGUCCUUCUCCGCUCAAGAGGAGAAAGGUUAACCUUACUCCCAGAGAUCAUUCUCAUUCUCCGAAGCAGAAAGAAGCUUCAGGCAAGAAGAAGAAUCAAGACUCAAAAGACUCAAAAAAAGCCAAAGAUGCAAAAGACUCAAAGGCAUCAAAAGGGGCUCCAGCUCGUUUAAAGGCAAGCAAGGAUCCUCCAAAGCCAAAGUCACAAGGAGAUGCCUCUGGUCACAAAGGCCACACACGGCGAGAUUCUCCAUCCGGCUCCUCUGAGAGGGCUUCUCUAUCCGAGGAAAAGCGUAACGCUGCAAAGGAGAAAGCCCUAGAAGCUAUGGAAAUAAUAAAAAGGAAGAAGAUUGCAGAGAGUGGGCAACAGAGCUCCACGACUAAGAAGAAGACUCAAAAUGAGUCAGAAAAGAAAAGUAAGAGGAAGUGA